AAAUUAUACCUGAAAAUUAUGUGUUUGUCGUUCUAUUUUGUAGAAUUUGGAAUUUAGCAAUGAAUGACCUAGAAUCUAAUUCCAUGAAAAAUCUUUUCACAUUUUUUGAUGUGAAGAAAAAUGGUUGUAUCAGUGCACCUCAACUGCAAAUUUUGCAUGAAGAAAUAAGAAUGGGAGGAAUAAGCAUGCCACAGGUCUUAGCUUCUAUUGAAUGCAAGAACCUCAACAGGCAUUCUGUGUAUUUGUCUGAUAUGCCAGACAUAUUGCAGGAAAUGGACCGAAGAUAUUACCUUGUUCAAGAUCUUCAAUGGGAAUUUGCAUUAUUGGAUCGGAAUCAUAGCGGGGUGAUUCCCAUAAAAACAGCAAGGUUUUUGAUGGAGGCCAGGCACGGUAAAAUGUUUUCCGAAAGAUCGUGGAAAAGACUAUUGUCCACGCGCCCAAUUCCAGAGGCUCCUAUCAGUUUUGCAGAAAUGGAAGUCGAGUUAUGUAAUGUCAUGCAACCUGACAUAAACGUGGUGGACGUCAACGCGAUUCACGAAGCGGAAGAAAGAGAGCGUCAAAAAGCUAUGUUGUUGAAGGCAAAAAAAGAAUCAGAACGAAAGAAACGAGACGAAGAAGCCAAAAACUUAGAACGUAAAAAAAUGGAAGAAGCUAAAAGAUUGGCGGAAGAAAAUGCAAGAAAACUAGAAGCUGAAAAACUAGAAAGGGAGAACCAGAAAAGAAAUGCUGAUGAAGAACGAAGACGAGAAGCUGAAGAACGAGGGAAAAGGGAAGAAGAGGAAAGAAAAAGAAACGCUAUGGAUGCUGAAGCAAAGGAUAAGGAAGCAGAAGAGCAAGAGGAACUUGCAAUACAGCAAGAGAGAAUGUUACGAGAUGCUGCUGAGAAAGAAAUUAACGCAGAAAAAAGAAAGAAGGCUGAAAAAGAGGCGAAAGCGGCGGCAAAGAAGGCUGAAGCGGCAAGAAAACAACGUAUCCGUACCACCCUCAAGGUGGCUGUAGAGAGCCAGAAUCGCCAGAAAUUAACGAGGGCCACCAAAGACUUCAAAGAAGCAAAAUUGUCCGAUACGGAUGGCGAUCUUGCCAAAGCAGAAAAGCUACUGAAAAUGUUCCAGUGUUCUGAUGUUUUACAUGAUGGGAUUUCCAAGCGAAUGAUAAGUCAAUUAGAAAGUGGUCUAUCCACCGCCAAGAAAAACGGGUUCGACAAACGUGGACUCACUGAUUUAGUUGGACAGGCUGGUGAACUUUUGAUUCGAUUGAGAAGACUGGAGAAGUUACGUCACGAGGUUUUAGAACUGAAGUCCAGUACGAUCGCUGAGAUACGUAGUUAUCAGAAACCGCCUACGGUUGUUCACGACGUCAUGAUGGCGACUUAUCUUCUACUAGGAACACCACAGAAAGAAACUCAGAAAUGGUCAAAUGUGCAGAUACUUCUCGGUAAAACAGGGCGUGAAGGCUUGAAACGAAGAAUCGGUCAAUUGACUGUAACAGACGUUAACAAUGCUACUGCAACGAAAGCAAAGUCACUGAUGGGAGAAAUUGAUUUGGAAAUGAUUCGUGAUGUCAGUGCUGGAGCUGCGACGUUUUACGUAUGGGUGGAAGGAAUGGUGGAAGAAGUUUUAAGCACAUCGUCGUAAUUCCUACUUAUGCCAUUAUUAUGUCAUAAUUAAUUCUUCACUUAUCUGCAAUUUUUUUGACAUGUUUUAUUCUUGACCAAAUUAUUAUGAAUCAAGUUUUUGUAUGAAUUCUAUUUUUAACUGUUUGUUAAUCUAUAAAAUAACCGGCCUUUUUAUUCCAAUGAAUGUUUUUUUCUUGGCACAGAAAUUGUUUUCUUAUAUUGUACUAUUGCAAACAAUUGUAAUGCUUAGUUUGGGACAGUUUUCACAAUUUUACACCUUUGAAAACACCAUUAUGUUUUUGAGAAUUCAGUUUUGACUGGAAAAUCCGUACAAUUAAAAUUACCUUAGUUGUCGUCUUCGAGGCCGUUUUCAAUUACUGCAGCUAAGCUAUAACUAAUCCGAAUUAUUAAUUCCUCAGUUUUGUGCGCAUAACUCUAAAUGACAAAUGAAACCUAAAGCUAUGAAAAGAAAUGGUUACAACCUUAACAGCAAUUGUAGUGUUAUGAAAUAGGGAUUUCACUGCCCAUUGGCACUGGACUCUUCAUUAGCAUCAUGCCUAAAAUUUUAAAUUCAUUGUGGUUGUUCAAAGUUAAAUUUUACAACAAGUGACACUCUUGACUAAUUUGCUCCAUCUAGCGCCAAAGACUUGAAAAGCUUUGAUGACACAAAUACUUUGAAGUACCAAUAAGCGUGCGUUACCCAGGAUGCUAAGUGGAUUUUGCGUCUGUUAAUAUGUUAAACUAAUACAUAUAUAUAUAUAUAUAUAUUCUGUGAGUUUACCUAUGAACAUCAACAGCUCGUUUAGAUAUUUUUUUUUUCAUAAUUCGCCAUUUUUAAUUGUGCAUUAUUUGCUAAAUAGCAGUAUUUUUUAUAUAAUUUACCUACAUGCCUGCAGUGCCACUGAAGUACCACUCAUUUCACUGUAGUUAUUUGUUUUAUUUUUGUAAUGUUUCACUGUCACCUCGCUCAUAUUUUCGUGAACUGAGCUUGAUGGGUACAUAUACUGUAUUUGAAUUUUUCACUAUCCUUGCGACAUGUCCCGGCUUUUCCUUGACCAACCUCGAUUUGGAUUCCCCGAUCACACACAAGCGAAUUAUAAAUGCAUAUUUUUUCGUUUCAUCUUCACCGCAUACCCGAACAAUAUUUUCCCCGGGUCCUGUAUUUUCACUAUGUGCUCUUGCUAGCUGUAUGAAAAUCGAAACGCAAAUAUAUGUGUUUUUUUUUGUUCAAUUUUUUUUUUUCUGUAUACUCAAACUGUGGUUUAAUGUUUCGAACACAAAGUAUGUGUAGUAAAUGCAAUGUAAUUCCA